UGUGAUCUGUUGUGACUUGGCUGGUUGCUGCCACCUUGUCGCUUCCGAGCUCCAACCUCCACCGGAUAGCAAGCUGAUCACUCUUGCACUUACUAACUACCCAAGCUUCUCACCAUUUCUGCUGGCUUGCUUCGUGAUGAUUCAUUCCCCAGUAAUCAAAGCGCGAGCUGCAUUGAAGAUCGGGAACAGCUGAGGACCGUCGUAACCGCACACUGUUCUUCACGGUUGUCCAUUCCUUGAUGCUGGUGGUGUUUUGAGACGUGGUUCCUGGGCUUGUGUGUUUGUUUUGUACUUUAACUUAUGAUUUGUUGGCCUUGCCCACUUGAAUGAGAAUUUGGUGCUUGUAGCAGCUGUGCUCUUGGAGGAUUGUAAUCAGGUGUCAAUUCGGGUGGUCACAACCGAGCGUAAACGCGAAUGUGGUUUAUCUUGUCCGUGUUCAUCAUAAAGGUUAUGUGAAGCGGAGUAGCAGGUACCAGUGAGAGAGAUUUUGAGCGCGAAUAUGGGGUGGAAGCUGCAGAUUGUGAGCGGUGAUGGUGGAAAUGGGCGUGGGGGUCACGAGAAGCGCUGGAAUGUGGGGUUGUUCGGGGCACCAAGGGUGACCUAGCAUCGUACAUGGAGAGUGUACAACUGACAGCAGAGGGGAGGUCGGGGCUGGAGGGUGUUCGGGCGGUGGCAUUUCUGAGGGCCCGCAUGGCGUCAUUCAUGCAUCUACACGUGUGGGGGGAGCUGUGAUGGUGUGGGUUCUGGUUGGAAAUGUGCGUGUAUGAACAGAAUAGGGGGUUUGCGAGGUCUACUUAGGCGAGUUUUUAGAGUGCCAAGGCAGGGUGUCACUCUUCGAAACAAGAUCCAGAACGUCGUCAUUGAAGAGGGCAGAGCAGCAGGAACUCGGUUAUCAACCCCAGCGAGGCACUGCCGUCUUCCGCCAUCGCUGGACUUCACGGGGUCGUCCCAGUAAUCAUCAUGCUGGAUGCAUCAUGUAUCUGCUCGACGCUUGCAUUCCGCCAUCCCAUGUUAUGUGCACAAAAUGUGAGGCAAAACGAUGAAGUCACCACGGACAAUUUGUGUAGGCGGAAUAUAUGGCAGUUAUGUGGCAGAAGUGCGUGUAGAAUUGAGCAGAAUGGUGAACCUUGAGGAGCACGACGGAAACUCCCAAAAGCAUUACUACAUCGUCUGCAUAGCCUUUAAGAGCUGACGGCACCGUCAGAGAUGCGGUUAAGGGGUUUUGUGAAACUGGCACGAGCAUGGAUACUGCCGAAGUUUCCCAUCGACAAAGAAGGAUGAUCAGGUAGCGGGAUCAGACUAGGUUGGAGUUCCGACGUAGAGUUGCAGACUCGAUAUGAAAUCCGUGAUGAUUAAGCCGGUGAAGGCUAGGGGACGAGCUUUGGAGAGAACGCUCGAACCAAGAAGAAAGAGAACACAGUCCUCUAAAAGGUCAGGGAGCCGAAAUCCGAAGCACCAUGAUCGCUUCGACCAGAGUUCGUAUCUCAGUUCCUCGAAGGCGGUCAAGAUAGUCUCCAUGCUGGCGAUGAUGAUAUGUUCUCCAUUCUUCAUUGUUUUCAUGUGGUACACGAUGGUGAGAGCGGAUGGAUCGGUUGAGAAAGCAUGUAGGCAUUUUUUCCAGUUUGGAAUUCGUGGCAUCAAGGAUGUUUGGCCAUUCCCCUCACAACGCGCUUGUAAGCUGGUUGGAGCUUUUGUUUUGUUUGAAGCUAUUUUACAGGCCCUUUUACCAGGGGAGCGGGUCAUGGGUCCUUCAACGCCUGUAGGAAAUCGACCCCUUUACACGAGAAAUGGAAUUCCCUGCUUUCUGAUCACUCUAGGUGUUUACUACCUUCUGUGGAGGGAGAGACUGUUCAAUCCAGCCAUGGUUUACGAUAUAAUUGGAGAAAUAUACUCUGUGCUCAUUUGUGCAACUUACAUCACUACUACAUUGCUCUAUGUGAAAGGUCACAUGGCACCUUGUUCCUCUGACUGGGGGUCAUCUGGCAAUGUCCUUGGGGAUUUCUUUUGGGGAAUGGAGUUGUGCCCAAGAUUAUCAAGUGUAUUUGACAUCAAAGUUUUCAUGAAUUAUCGCCUUGGAAUAAUGGGCUGGGCCAUUCUUGUAAUCAGCUUUGCUAUCAAGCAAUAUGAAGUCCAAGGCAGAGUUUCAGACUCUCUAAUGGUUAGUAGCUUACUCAUGCUUAUGUACAUCGCGAAGUUUUUCUGGAUGGAGGCAGCCUUCGGGUGUUCCAUGGAUAUUGCUCAUGAUAGAGCUGGGUGGUUUAUGACCUAUACCUGUGUGACAUGGAUUCCUGUGGUGAAUUCAUCGGUCAACUUGUACUUGGUGACACAUCCAAUUCAGCUCGGCAGAAGGAUGGCAUCGACAAUAUUUCUUCUUGGAAUGCUUUGCAUUUAUGUAGUUUGGGACUGUGAUCGACAACGCCAACUGUUCCGGAACUCUCAUGGGAAAUGCCAAAUCUGGGGGAGGAUUCCCACCAAGAUUCAAGCUCGUCACCAAACAGAGCGGGGAGAGCGCAAGAGUCUGCUUCUUACUGCUGGCUGGUGGGGCCUUGCAAGGCAUAUCCAUUAUGCUCCAGAGAUUGGUGCUGCCUUCUUUUGGACCCUACCAGCUCUCUUUAGACAUGCUAUGCCUUACUUCUAUGUAACUUUCUUGACGGCGCUGUUGAUUGACCGAGCUAAUCGGGACGACAAAUAUUGCAGAGUCAAGUACCACAAGCACUGGGAAGCCUACAGCAAGAAGGUGCGGUAUAAAGUUGUUCCCAGAGUCUUUUGAGGAACACAUUCAUCGAAAGGGCUGAUCAAAAGCCCUUCCAUGUGCACCAAGGCUGUUGGCACACGUCAAUACCUGAAUGGUUGGCUGAUGAAUUUGAUGUCGAGAGGAAAGGGUAGUGAUGCUUGACAUCAUCAAAUGUCAAAAUAUUCUACUUUUCUGUUAGGUGCUUUGAAUCGGUUUGGACAGUAAUAGGCGACAUGAGAAUAGUCUAUGCACAGAUUUCGAUCUGACGUUGGAGAGAACGCCUGGUACCAUUUAAUUCGAACUUCACUCUCCAAGUGCUCUCACUUCAGGCAUGAUUGGUGGCUGCUUCAGCAGAUAUGUACGUGAUGAUCAAUUAAGGUCGUCGAUUACCCAUCAUGUGAAUGUUACCGACUUAAUCUAUUCAAAGUUAGAGACGAAACUCAAGUUUUUGUAGUUUGUAACUUCUUGAGCAGGGAUUCUUCGUGUACGCAGCAACAGUGGAGACGAGCAAGAUUCAAUAGUUUUUCCUGCUGUGCCUGGUUUGUUAUUUUAAGAAUUACGUAAUGGAUAUUCUAGUAAAGUUGGACAAGAGUUUCUUAUGCUUAUCAGAGAUUAUUAGAGUUUGCACUAAGCCUUACGAGACCUGUAACUUAAGAAAAGGUACGAAUAUUUUUGGAAUUUAGUCGACUGCAGCUGUUUGGGAACUCUCUUUUGUGCUGUGGAACCGACAAUGACUAUUAUCCUCAAGAUCGGGCAACAAAUCUUUCCAUUC